CUUAGCAGUCGAUCAGCUGAUGAAAGAUCCUAACCUUAAAAGAGUCCGGUGACACCCGUAAAAAUCGGGCGUCUUCGUCGUCGCGUGUCAACAAACGUAUAUUUUCUCUCAGGAAUUAGUGUAAUGCCUCAUAAAAAAUUAGAGUUUCACACACAUUUGUCUAAAUAACAGUAAAUCCGUGAUGUAUCUAAAUAAUUAUAUUUUUAAGAGAAUUGAAUAAAAACUAAUAGUGUUUGGUCGAUCAGUAAAGAUUCGAAGGCGAGUGUAUAAACAUGAGCAACAUUAUGAAGGGGCGAAGCAAAUUGUUUUAUUGCGCUCUCGCGGCCGCGAUAAGACCGUUGUUAAUGAAUUCAGAGUUUCAAAAGGUCAUCAGCGAACGAGUCGAAGUAUCAACGGCGUUGAACUCGUGGAAGAGAGUAACGGAAGGAGUGUAUCUCAAAAAUUUUGGAAUCGAUCCCUAUAGCGGUGAUUUGUUCCACGAGACGCCGAUAGGCCUUUUUAUAUUUUCUUACAUGCUCAAAUAUCUAUCGAUAUGGGCUCUACGGAUAAUUUUCAUCCUCACUGAUCUUGCGACUGCCUGGUUUCUUGCUGCUACUGCCGAACGGUAUAUAGCAGAGCAGAGUGCCAGAGAAGAGGAGGACUUGAAAAUUCGUAAAGCUGGAAAAACGAAAGAUUGUUCUUUCACGCCAAUAUCUCUGAUAACAGCAGGUUCCAUCAUUUAUGUGCCAGCUGCUUAUCUCUUCAAUCCUUACAUAGUUCUGAAUUGUGUUGCACUCACAACGACGGUGUUCACCAAUUUCCUUUACUCCGUGACCCUUUAUAGUAUGACAAGGCGUUCCAUGUUUUGGAGUUGUUUUUCCAUAGCACUUUUGACACUGCAAGGUCUUUACCCUGUGUCAUUGAUGGUACCUGCAACGAUUUAUUAUGCUCGAGAAAAAACUGGAAAAGCUCGAAUUCAAGCGGUUGCAAAAAUGAUAGAAAUGUUUUGCCUCAUAUUCGGCUGUCUUCUGUACGCUUCUUUCUACAUAAUGGGAAGCUGGAGCUUCCUGGGUAACACCGUAGGAUUUAUUCUGACGGUACCCGAUUUACGACCCAACAUCGGAUUAUAUUGGUACUUUUUCACCGAAAUGUUCGAACAUUUCCGAUGGCUAUUCAUCGCCUCGUUUCAAAUCAACGUCAGUCUGCUUUACAUCGUACCCUUGGCUUUGAGGCUGCGCAGAGAUCCGAUGCUCCUCGCAUUCUCUUAUUUGGCCAUUGGCGCCAUAUUCAAAUCUUAUCCUUGCCUCGGUGACGUCGGUUUCUACAUGGCUCUAUUGCCACUUUGGAAACACUUGUUCCAACAUAUGCAACAAGGUUUCAUCGUUGGUUGUUUCAUGCUUUUUUGUACUGUGUUUGCCCCAACGGUCUGGCAUCAAUGGAUUUACGCAAGAUCGGCAAACGCUAAUUUUUAUUUCGGCGUUACUCUCGCCUUUGCGAUCGCCCAAAUAUUCCUCCUGACGGAUAUACUCUUCGCCAGUGUCAAACGAGAACUAGAACUCCGUCACGGUCUCACCAAAGAAGUCAAUGGGAACCAGGCGAGAUUGAUACUCGAGUGAAGUUAGAGUUAAUCUUUCUCAAAUGGUCUAAAAAGUGCUGGGGGGAGGGAAACUACGGUGUUCGUCAUCACGAACAAUUACGGAGAUCUUCCGUUGCUCCGUGAAAAGUAUUCUUUGUUUAUCUUUCCAAAUAAUUCCAUAAAUUCUGUCAAGAAUUUUCAAAAAGUUUAUUUACGUGUUUUUCAAUUCUUGAAAAAGAGCGUUAUACUCUCUUAUUCCCGAAGCUAGUUUUUUUUUUUACUUUUAUAAAAUAAAGAUACGAAUUGAAUAAACAGAGAAUCUUUUCAAUCGACAAUCGUCGUUUACUUAUAAGACAAAUUUACGGACAAAAACGCCCUUGGAUUAUCACGAAAACACGUACGAUUCCCAAAGUCAUUCCUCCCAUGUCAAGGGAAGAUACGGAUAAGAGUUUAUUUUUCAAAGAGCUUAUUGAUACGUGUAGGUCAUAUGCAGUAUUAAUAAAAACCUUCUAAAAAUAAA